CGACGCAAAGGUAAACAGAACCAGACUUGAUGCCCUCGGCUCCAUCCUGUGGAUCACCACUAGUGGGCCCGGUGUUCAGACAGGAUGAAGAUGAGGCCUGCAGGUCCCGAACCGACGAAUCCRUCUUUUACCCGGACCGAUUAGCCCAGCAUGGUCCGGAUUAUAUGGCUGCACCGAUCGCACAGCUCGUGGACGACCGGCCGGACCUGGUGGACGAUGUGACCGGGCUUUGUGAGAAGGAGCUGCCGCCUCACCGCGCUCCUGCGGCGGUGGAGGCUGCCGCUCWGCUCCUCCUGGAUCUUCAUCCAGAGCGGCCUGACAGGAGGCUUCCCCCCGGGGGAACCCCAGGGUUUAGGUCCGUGGAGAACCUGGUAGAACCUGGGGGGGUCUUUCCUGCCUGUUUGGGUCAUCAUGUUAAGGUAACAUCGGACAGCCUGGGGGCAGUGAGUGUGAUGGAUGAAGACUCUCUGCUGGACAAGGACCUAAUCUGGGCCGCUCUCAGCAGGAACCAUGGCCAGGUGAUGCCUGUAGACUGGGGACAGUCGCGAACUCGCUCCCUCUACAUCUCCACCUUCAACCUGGAGGAGACACCCAGGAAGGCGGACGUGGCGGAGGAGCCGUCGGACGAGGAGGAGCUGAGGGAGCAGCUGGGCGUGCACUCCAUCAUCGUGCCCUGCGUGGAGGAGGAGCCCCUGGCCACAGUGGAGCAGGUCAUCGAGGAGAUCGAGGAAAUGAUGCAGGACUCACCUGAUGCGGAGCACCGCCCCUCGCAGUCGGACCUGUCCAUGCUCUCCCUGGACAUCCAGCURUCCAGCCCCGGCUUUGAGGACAGGCUGAGGGCUCUGAGCGCUGCGGAGCUGUCGGAGCGUCUGGAGGAGACGGAGAGGAACAUCAGGAGGUUCUCAGAGGAGCUGGUGCAGCAGCUGGCCGUCCGGGACGAGCUGGACUUCGAGAAGGAGGUGAAGAACAGCUUCAUCUCGACGCUCAUCGACGUGCAGAACCGGCAGAAGGAGCACAGGGAGUCGCUGAGGAAGAAGAAGAAGCUGAAGGGCGGAGCCGGGGCGGGGCAGGGCGGCGCAGAGAAACCACCGACAUCGCGCUUCAGCGUGGAGGGAAUCUCCUCCGUUAUUCAAAACAGCUUCCGGCAAACAUUUGGGAGUGGUUGCAGUGAACGACAGUAUCUGACCACAGUUAUCCCUUAUGAGCAAAAAGGACACCCUCCGUCGAUCCAGGACCUCCAGAUCCUGACUAAAAUUCUGCAAGCGAUGAGAGACGACAGCGACAAGGUGCCCGGCCUCCUGACAGAUUACAUCCUCAAUGGUGAGAUUUGCUCRUUGUCGUUUCUUCGCUGUGGAUAUUCUGCUGACAAUGUUUAAAAGAAAAAAAAAAGAAUCACUGAUACGUAAAGUGCUGACAGAGUCCUUUUAGAUGUUUGAACAUUUGUAUUUAUUUUGAAUUAAACCAUCAAUCUACCCUCCAAAUAUGGAAAUGAAAUUAAAUUAAAAAAAAAAACAAAAGUGUUUUGAUUGAAAACUAAAAGACUAAAUGAACUCGGGUGAAUCUUCUG